GCUGUGUCCUUGUCCCUGCCUCCUGGCAGCAAGGAGCCACCCAGCAGCCGGUUUGUGAUUGGGCAGGGGAGUGGGGUUCUUGACACAGUGCGGUGCUGACUGCUCUGGGACGUGUUUCAACAGAUGGUCGAGGUUAGAGAGUGUCAUCACAUUGGAGAGAGGAUUAGAAGAGAGAGGUUGUCUUCCAGGAGCCGUGUGGUCCCCCUACUCUUCAACCCCAAAAUCCCAGCACCAAGACCCCUCUAUGAGCAGAGGGAGACCCGGUGAAGCACUGCGAGGAGAAAACUCAGAGAGGAAUCCUAGCCUUGGCUCUCACUCGGCCAGCACUCUGCUCUCCUGCCUUCCAGUCGACCACGGCUGCGAGAGCUGCCCGGGUGUGAGUGAGUGGCCUGGCUGGACCUCUUCUCCCUCCCUUCAUCUCUCCAUUAAUCCUCCCUUCCACCCAUCCCGUCUCCUGUCGUCUCAGACACCAUGCUGAUUCAGUGGCUGGCCUGGUUGGCCCUGCUGUCCCUGGACUGGGCUCCAGGCAGCUGGGCUUUCACCACCACCAGGGCUCAGGGCCUGAGGGGUCGCAUCCAGAGAGACCGCAGAAACAUCCGGCCUAACAUCAUCCUCAUCAUGACUGACGACCAGGAUGUUGAGUUGGGUUCUCUGCAGGUGAUGAAUAAAACCCGUAAACUCAUGGAGGAUGGAGGCACUUCUUUCACCAAUGCCUUCGUCACCACACCCAUGUGCUGCCCGUCACGGUCUUCAAUGUUGACGGGCAAGUACGUGCACAACCACAACACCUACACCAACAAUGAGAACUGCUCCUCCCCUUCCUGGCAAGUUCAGCACGAGCCACGUUCAUUCGCUGUCUACCUCAACAACACUGGCUACAGGACAGCCUUCUUCGGCAAGUACCUCAACGAGUACAAUGGCAGCUACAUCCCACCUGGGUGGCGCGAAUGGGUCGGAUUGAUCAAAAAUUCCCGCUUCUAUAAUUACACUGUCUGUCGGAACGGUUACAAGGAGAAACAUGGUGCCGAUUAUUCCAAGGACUAUUUCACAGAUCUGAUCACCAACGACAGCAUCAACUUUUUCCGCAUGUCCAAGAAGAUAUAUCCUCACCGUCCUGUGAUGAUGGUCAUCAGUCACGCUGCCCCUCAUGGCCCAGAAGACUCGGCACCUCAGUACGCUGAGCACUUCCCGAAUGCUUCUCAGCACAUCACCCCCAGCUACAACUAUGCCCCAAAUAUGGACAAACACUGGAUCAUGCAGUACACAGGCCCCAUGAGGCCCAUCCACAUGGAGUUCACCAACUUUCUCCACCGGAAAAGGCUGCAGACACUCAUGUCUGUAGAUGACUCAGUGCAGAAAGUUUUUGAUAUGCUGGAGGAAACUGGAGAGCUGGACAACACGUACAUUAUCUAUACAGCAGACCAUGGCUACCACAUCGGUCAGUUUGGUUUGGUCAAGGGCAAGUCGAUGCCUUAUGACUUUGACAUCCGUGUGCCGUUCUUCCUAAGAGGACCCAAUGUGGAGCCGGGGGCAGUAAACCCUCAUCUGGUGCUGAACAUUGACCUAGCUCCCACGAUUCUCCACAUUGCUGGGCUGGACACCCCUCCAGACAUGGAUGGAAAGUCCAUCCUUAAGCUGCUGGAACAGGACAGGACUGGCAAUAGAUUCAAACCCAACCGGAAACCCAAAGUCUGGAGGGACACAUUCCUGGUGGAGCGAGGAAAGAUCCUGAGGAAGAAGGAUGACUCAGUGAGCACUCAGCACACCAACAGCCUGCCUAAGUACAAGAAGGUCAAAGAGACUUGCCAGCAGGCUGAAUUCCAGACACCCUGUGAACAGCCUGGACAGAAAUGGCACUGCGUGGAGGAGAUUACAGGGAAGUGGAGGAUACAGAAGUGUAAAGGUGGCUCAAAAGAGGGCUCCAGGAAAAGGGCCCGCAGCCUGAAGCCUCGUAGCAGUUAUGACAACAGAGAGAGAGGCUGUGACUGUGGGGACGCUCUCCUCAAACCCUCCAGAGCAGAACGCCGCUCCCACCGACAGUUAUCUUCCUCAUCUGGCCAGCGUUAUCGGCCACGUUUUGUCCAUACCCGGCCUGCUAGGUCUCUGUCUGUGGAGUUUGAAGGUCAGAUAUACGACAUUGACCUCCAAGCAGAUGAUCAGUCGGCUGUCCGUCGCCGUGUCAUCUCAAAGCGUCAUUACAACCAAGAGGGCGCAGAGUUUGACUUAGGAACAGAUGAUGGUUCAGAGGAAAUGCUGGCAGAUGAUACAAAUGCUGUGGGAUACCCCAACUCGGUCAAAGUUACCCACAAGUGUUAUAUUUUGAUGAACGAUAGUGUCCAUUGUGAAAGAGAAAUCUACCAGUCCUCCAGAGCCUGGAAAGACCACAAGAGCUAUGUGGACCAGGAGAUCGAAGCACUUCAAGACAAAAUCAAAAACCUCCGGGAAGUAAGAGGCCACCUAAAGAGGACACGUCCAGAAGAGUGUGACUGUGGAAAGAGGAGCUAUUAUAGCAAAGGAGACAGAAACAAGGCAGAGAGAUUGAAGAACAGGAAUGAUCAGCUCCAUCCGUUUAAGGAGGCUGCGCAGGAAAUAGACGGGAAGGCCCAGUUGUAUAAUGAGAUUCGGAGAAGGAAGAAGGAAAGGAAGGUGAAGAAGCGGCAGAGGAAGGGAGACGACUGCAGCCUGCCCGGCCUCACUUGCUUCACGCAUAACAACGACCACUGGCAGACCGCUCCUUUCUGGACAUUGGGUGGAUUCUGCGCAUGCACCAGCUCCAACAACAACACCUACUGGUGCCUGAGAACCAUCAACGAGACUCACAACACACUGUUCUGUGAGUUUUCCACUGGCUUCCUGGAGUACUUUGACCUCAAUAAUGACCCCUACCAGCUGACCAACGCAGUGUAUUCGGUGGACCGGGAGGUGCUGAACAUGCUCCAUGCUCAGCUCAUGGAGAUGAGAAGUUGUCAAGGGUACAAGCAAUGUAACCCUCGACCUAAAGGCUUGGAUACAGCACACAACCAAUAUGGGACGGACGACAGGGUUAAGCUACCCAACUUGACAGACGAGGAGGUGAACUGGCAGGGACUGGAGGAUCUGUAUAGCAUAAACGAAAGCCUUUAUGAAUGUAGGCCCGACUACAGCCCCAGCCCAGACGACUGGGCCAACUUCCAGAAGGAUGUAGAUAAUAUGUUUGCACUGCGACACGUUUUUAAGAAUUUCAACCGAACCCAUAAGCUUGACGACUCCACCCUGCCAGAGCUGGGCUCCGGGGCCGGGGGUGGAGGCCUUGAAGAGGGCAGCGGAGAAGAGUUGGCCUCAGCCAGCGACGUCUGGCCGAGCCUGGCCACGGAGGCUCGCCUCACCACCCCCGCCCCCAGCAAAACGCCAUCAGCACCACCCACUCCCAGGCCCAUACUGGAAAGGAAACUAGAUUCUGUUGUAAACGACCUUCCUGAGAGGCUUUUAGACAGACCUGGGGUGUCUGUUAUGUCAGUGUCACCAGAGAUGGAAUCAUCAUCAGGUCCAAGGACAGAAAAAGUUGUCUUCCAGAGCGAUAUGUGGGCGCAGCAGCUGGAGGAGAUGGAAGGAGAGAUGUUUAGCGGGAACGGACUGACGGAGCUGGAGACAAGACACGACAACCAGCUGGACCCUGGCCUGGGCCACGGAGAGGCAACUGGCCCUCAGGGUCUUGGCCUGGGCCUGGACCCUGAAGAAGAAGAGGACAUUUUCCAGGCCCAAGGCUACCUCCCUUUCUCCCCACAGACACUCAGGCCCAAGGUGCAGGCCAGCACCACCGGGAGCCCCCCCACCACACAGACUAGCACCCCGCAGAGUGUCGGGGUGGUACUACAGGUGCUGCCUCAGUCGGCGCUGCCCCUCACCUUGGACUACGAGGGCAGCGGCUCUCUGCCUCAACCCUCCAAUCAGACCCUCUGAGGCAGACGCACGCGCUGGCCAGCCAGCGAAUGAGCUGCUUGUCGCCACAGAGACGGUGAUUGGGAGAUGAGCUUGCCAAGAGCAAUGGCGAGUGAUGCCAUCUCAGUCAGUCAGAGUUGUAUAAUGAGUAUUAAAAUUAUUGUUUAUUUUUUUACAGGUGCCUACAUUUAUUAGUAAACAGUGUUAUGUUUUUUUUUCUUUUGUUUUUUUCAAAUAUAUAUUUAGAAAAGAAAAAGCCUUAAUGCAGCUAAACAGAAGUGUUGGGAGUAAAAAUGAUUAAUUCCAUACAGGUAACACCAUUGAUGUUUUUAAUGUUUUUAUGAAAAACAAGUGUGAGUGGUGAAACCAUUUCAACAUGUGAAUGGAUGGUUAGCAUUAGUCAGCUUUAGGUAAGCUCCAGUCUUUAAAGAAUCUAUUUAUCUUAAACCUGCCCUAUUACAGGAUACUCCAUCACAACAGUGACCACUCACCAAUUAGAUAAUGAAAAAACUGACCCCGAAAUGCACUUUUGAACUCUUCCACAUGAUGACCCUCACCCUGCACUGCUUGUGGUGCUGAAAUUUUGUGUCCGUCGUGAAAUCACAUUUUUUUAUCAAAACUAAGACGAGAGCUGGAUUGUCACUUCAGAAAAAGUUACAGAUUCAUCAUAACAUCUGUUUCACAGAGAGCAUUUAUUUUUUAGAUAUUUUAAACUUUUCUGUAUGGGAAUAUUUUUAGCCUUUUUCUUCAUAUGGCAAUAGUAGGAUCACAAAGUUUAGACAAUCAUGGGACAGUGUACCAGUGAGUUUAGUAUACAUUUCUAACUGACAGCUUUACAUCAUCUGAAUUAUCCAGCUGAAGCAAACGCAUCUGAUACUCUUAGCAGGCAAGAAAGAAAUUCUUACAACUGGCAUUUAUUUUUCUUGCCAGGGCACUAUUCACUGAUUAGUUGCACCAAUGCACCAGCUCUGACUUUUUGCAGAGUUGCACGUUUUGUUGCCAUUCACAGCGUUUCAUUUUUAACCUAAGUAAAAUUAUCCUUACUAAUCACAAGCAAAUGCUUACGCAAAAUCACCAGGGGUGAGAAAAUGUUCACUGUGUAACUUUGUUUUUGGAAAUGUCACCAAUUAAUCUUGUGCUGUAUGACGUAGUGCUUUGAUAAUCCAGAGUAUAGUGUUGCACAUGGCCAAUUCAUUUUUGAAUGUAACUGUAUAGUCCCUUAAAACUGGUUCUAUGACAGCACAAUGUGCCACAGCUUUGUCUUUGACAGUAUAGUCAGUAAAAUACUCAGCAAGCAUUGCAUAAAGCUAAGAAUUACACGGCCAUUGAGAGCAGAAUGUUUUAAGCUUUCUGCCAGUGGUUCAUCUCAAAAGAAACCAAGAUGUACCUUCUGGUUGGAAACAGGUUCUGCAAAAAACCUGAUGCUCUCCUUUUCUUUCUUGACAGUGUGUGUAGAUGUGUUUAGAACAACUCUGGUUUCAGGAAAGCCACGAAGCUGUUAAGAAAUAAACCCUUUCAACCUUCC